AUGCUCGGUAAAUCCACCGCCUCAGAGCUACUCGUGGUCGCUACCCUCCUUUCAGCUGCGCUGGCAGGGACCAUAAAAGUUAUCAUCAAACCUCAGGACAACAUCAGGGACACGACAUGGAGGCUCCAGGACUAUCAGUGGGUCACUGCCAAGUUCCUCGGUGUCAAAGAGGGCGACAAAUACAAGAUCGACGACAUCGACGACGACGGUACGGUCUUCUUCACUGAUUUUAAUGGAGGGGUCAUGGACGUCGCCACCAAGGAUGCCAACGAGGGGAAAUGGGGAAACUGGUGGAAGAUGCGCUACACCAGAGUACACGCCUGGCAAAGCCCCGAGAUAGCGGCUCCAACUCCAACCUUCCUGGGCAUACCUGUGGAGCUGCGCCUCCGGAUCUACGGCUACGUCUUUGCAGGUUCCCGAGUCACCUUUACACCCGCGCGUCGACGAGAUACCAACAAGCCAGUCGAGAAGGCACAGUCGGACGCAUUCACCACCGAGGGGCACGUCGACGUCCUAUUGACCUGCAAGCAAUGCUACAGUGAAGGACGGACUAUCUUCUGGGAGCAUGCCAGGUUGCGCGCUGGGGUGGACCCUUGGAGCGACACGAACGUCAUGAGCAUCUACUAUCUUAGUGAGAGCAUCAGCGACUUCACCAAGGCUCAUGUCAAGCACCUGAGAGUCGCGAUAUUAGGAAACCAUCCGGGUGAAGAGCCUAGAAUCGUACUCAGCCAGUUCCUCCGGCUCAAGACCUGCGAGAUCUUCAUGGACUACCGGAAAACAACCAAAGAAGAGUGGGCGGCAAACGGCGACAAUCCCGAUGCGUGGCUCGCUUGGGCUCGCUUGAGAAACCCGAUUCUUGGUGACAGCCAUGCAUACCUCAAUGGUCUCGGGUUCGAUGUCAAGGCUGCGGGUGUGCCCAUAUUCUUGGUGCGGAAGCUCAUCGUCGGUCCCUAUUACCAAGACGACUACUACCGAAAUAUAUUCAGGGGGCCCAUUAAGUUACCAGAGAGGAUGGGUUUCGCCGUGUACUCGACUGAACCAGUUUGGGGUAGAAUGUGGUUCGGAAUCUGCCCUCGGGACAAGGUAUGA